AUGAACGGGACGUCUGCAUGGCCACGAUUGUUCAGGACUGCGGCGAGUCGAACGCCGUGGCUCUCGCGACCAGCCUCACACCGACCCUGGACUCUCCCUAUCCGCCCUACUGAUGCCCUCAAGCAGCGCGCAUAUGCCACAGAAGCCGCUCCCUUGAGGACCACCAAGUCUCGCAGACGUCUGUAUAUCGUUAGCGGCCUUGUUGUAGCAGCUGCUGGUGCUGUUGCUAUCAGUGACGACGCUCGCUACAUCUGGAUCGCUGCACGUCGUACUGGAAGAGUUGUUAGCGCUCUCGCCCUCAACAUCAACGACUACCGCCGUACUCUCAACCAAUACGAUGUCUUGCCUGAGCUUGAAUACCAGGCUCUCCUCAAGGACUGCCACCAGCGCUGCGCAGAGCGUACCCUGGUCGUAUUGCAAAAGAAUGGCUCCAUAUUCGUCAAGCUGGGACAGCAUCUUAGCAGCAUGAACUACCUCCUGCCUUCCGAAUGGUGUGAUACUUUCAUUCCAUUGCAAGAUCAAUGCCCUGUGUCUUCGAUGGAAAGCGUCGAGGCCAUGGUGCUCAAGGAUACUGGUAACACUCUGUCACACUACUUCUCCGAGUUCGAGACAAAUCCAAUUGGUGCAGCCUCGCUGGCUCAAGUCCACCGUGCUACUCUGCGCGAAACCGGCGAACGUGUUGCUGUCAAGGUUCAGCAUCCGGCUUUGGACGAGUGGGCUACUCUCGACCUGGCUCUCACCAGAUUCACCUUUCGUACCCUCAAGCGAUUCUUCCCGGAAUACGAUCUGACUUGGUUGAGCGACGAGAUGGACCAGAGUUUGCCGAAAGAGUUGGACUUCGCUCUCGAGGGCUCCAAUGCUACACUUGCUCGCAAGUACUUCGCUGAAGUCUCAUAUCUACCUGUUAUUAUCCCUAGAGUUCAUUGGGCUCAGCGUCGCAUUCUUGUCAUGGACUAUGUCACUGGUCAUAGGCCUGACGACCUUGCCUAUCUCGACGCCAACAACAUCGACCGUGAUGAAGUCUCUGCCGCCCUUGCCCGCAUUUUCAAUGAGAUGAUCUUCGGCAAGGAUGCUCCAUUGCAUUGCGAUCCGCAUGGCGGCAAUAUCGCUAUUCGCCUAAACACUUCCAAACGUGCUCCUAACAACUUCGAUGUCAUUCUGUACGAUCACGGUCUCUAUCGCGUGCCCGAUAAUACUCUUCGUCGCAGCUACGCAAAGCUAUGGCUGGCUGUUUUGGAUGCCGAUGAGCCCCGUAUGCGCCAGUACGCAAAGGAGGUGGCCGGAAUCAAUGAUGAACAAUUCCCUCUGUUCGCUUCUGCAAUCACUGGCCGCGAUUACCGCGUCGUCACAAAAAGUGUCGCAACCUCCAGGACGGAUGAGGAGAAAGAGGCCAUUUCAGACGCGCUAGGCGAUGGCAUGCUUGAACAGCUCGUGCAGCUCCUUGGACAGGUGCCUCGCGUGAUCCUCCUGAUCCUUAAGACCAACGAUCUUACACGCAGUCUUGAUGAGAAUCUGCACACUCGCCAGGGUCCCGUCCGCACAUUUAUGAUUCUCGCACGCUACGCCGCUCGUGCAGUUUAUGAAGAAAAGAUGGAGCUACUGGCUGCUGCUGGGUUUGGUCCCAGAAGGCUCUGGCGCAGAUUCACUGCCUGGGCCGAUUUCGCUCGCAUCGAAUUCAAGCUUUCUGCAUUCGAGAUGUGGCUCAACAUCAAGAGGUUGCUGGGUAUGCAGCCCACAAUCAUCUAG